AUGAUGACGAUGUUGGAACUUCCAGAGGAUUUGUUAGAAGAGAUAUUCUGUCGUGUUCCGGCGUUGUCUCUUAAUAGGUUACGAUCUACAUGCAAAAGAUGGAACCGUUUGUUAAACGAUAAGAGAUUCACAUCAAAUCACCUAGAGAAAGCCCCAAAGCAGUUUAUGGUUCUCAUGUUGCAGUUGCAGGAGUUUCGGUUAUGUUUGAUGCGCAUCAAUAACCUUAUGUUUCCACCUAUAGAGGUCAAAGGCGAGCUUAGUCUAAUCGACCCACGUUCUAGUUUAAAUCAUAUCAAGAUUUCUAAAGUCUUUCACUGCGACGGCUUGUUGUUAUGCCUCACCGAGGAUAGAAUCCCUAGGCUCGUGGUUUGGAACCCGUGUACCGGUCAAACAAGGUGGAUCAAGAUCAAUCGUUUUAGGCAAGGCGCUAGAUAUGCUCUUGGAUCCUACCUAGACAAAAAUUCCAACGUUGGCUAUAGCUACAAAAUAUUGAGCGGCAUGGUUCAUGUGCCUUCUUACGACAAACAAGAAUUCGAACACUAUUUUAGAACGAUACAAAAAUUCGAAAUUUGUGAGAUGGAAUCCAAUGCAUGGAGGGUUCUUGAAGUUGAUGCAACUUUAGACUUCAUAAUCUGGUCUCUUGAUCGAGGGGUGUCUUUGAAGGGAAAGACUUACUGGAUUGCUGAAGAAACGGAAAGCAAGAAAAUAGUAAGUUUUGAUUAUUCAACGGAAAGAUUUGAAUAUCUAAGUCUUCCGCGUCAGUAUGAUUCGUAUGAAACUCUGUCUCUAUCCGCUGUUAGAGGAGAGAAACUUUCGGUGUUGUUACAACGCGGUUAUAGAACCAAGACAAAUAUAUGGGUGUCAAAUAAGAUCAGUGAUGAGACCAACGCGGUGUCGUGGAGCAAGGCCUUAGCAGUAGAUUUGGAUUAUUUUUAUGUGAGUGAGGAUGGCGCAAGUUUCGUUUUCGAUGAGGAGAGAAAAGUCCUCGUGUGUUGUCAUUUCUAUACCUCUGUAUAUAUCGUUGGAGAGGACAAUAAUGUCAGAAGUUACGAAGCUAUGCCAAGAUCUUUAAUAUCUUUGUUUAAUUACGCUCCAAGUUUGACUCAAAUCCAGCAAGAUCCCGGAGGCAAAAGAAAAAGAGGUGACGAAUGA